AAAACUAGGCUAAACAUAAACAAUGGCUGCUGAGUUGAAAAUACCGAGUCACGCUAUUAGGCCUAUAUAUCACACAGCAAAGAGAUGACAUCUCUAUAAACCUGCGGAAAUCUUUCACUUUGUACAGAGUUUUUGGAGAGGAAAUAGAAUGUUUAAACGAUACCCUCACUUGGUGCCCGUAGGCUUUCCUACGGUUCUAGAGGGCUUUGUGAAAGCAGCUAUGAAGAAAAGACCAAGUAAUAUUGGAGUAUUUGCUUGGUAUUACUUCAUGGAACUCAUCGCCUAUAAAGCAGAAAACGAAACCUUCGACCUCAGUACACUUAUUCAGGAGUUCCACAAGAACAAGGCUGACCGAAUCAGUGGAAAUGGAUUUGAAGAGGAACUUAAGAAAAAGGGGUAUACUGUCAGCUCCAAUGUCAACCAUGACUUCAAUGAACUCAUCAUCAAUGGAGAACUAGACUGGCUCUCAUGGGAUUCUACAUCCAACAACCAACAAACCAACAACAACCAUGUGCAAGUGCCCGUACCAAGUGUAUCAGCUAGUUCCCCUGACACAAAUAGGACUACUGGACGGUCCACUACAGAGACACGUCAUAAAGUCCACCCAAAGGGAAAUGAGAAAAAGAAGGAUGAGGAUGAGAAACGUGCCCCUUCAGCCCCAUUGAAAGGGAGGAAAGAGACAGACGUCAGUGCCCAAAAUGGGCAAAAUGUGUCAAUAACAAACACAGGUGAGAAGACUCGCGGGAAAUUGAAUGCGGGAGCAGCCGAAUUUAAUCCAAUGAUGAUUCCACCAGUUCGGAGAACAAAAUCAGCAGAGGCUCAGUCACCUAGAAAGAUUAGCCCUGGUGACAGAUCUAGUUUCCAUCCAGUGCACAAAAACCCAAUAAGACAAAUAGGGGCAAAACAGGAAACAAAAUCUACAGCAUCUGGCAUAAGUGGUGAGUUUGCUGUUUUGUGCAUGAUAUGACAGUGUAUGAAUGAU